GUACGCUUCACUUCUACUAUGGGUACCGUAGCUUGCACACUCACCAGCAGUCGCCACUCCGGCCUGGCCGUCUGCACGCCCGGCACAAGGCUGCUGCAUGACAGUGCAUGUGAUUGCAGGACCAUCUCGGCCGUGAACACUUUGGCGGCAGCCUCACAGAUCCUAUAAGCCAAAUGAGUCCUCCCGGAAAUAUGUUCUUCUCGGUAUCACCAUCUUCAUCGCCCCAUCUUGUUCGCCAUAGGACAUGAAGGCUGUUAUCGGGACAUUGCUGGCAGUAGCAGCAGCAGUAGGCGUCUCAGCUGUGCCUGUUGAGCAACGCCAGACUACGGAAUAUGACUAUAUCGUCGUGGGAUCGGGCGCCGGCGGAGGACCUCUCGCGUCAAGACUCGCGCAGGCAGGGCAGUCUGUGCUGCUGAUUGAGUCUGGAGAUGAUCAAGGCACAAAUUACAACUAUACAGUACCCGGAUAUCAAGCUGCGGUGACCCAAGACCCGUCGAUCGCGUGGGAUGUUUACGUCAACCACUACCAAGACCACACCAGAGCUCGUAGAGAUCCCAAAUAUGUCGAGGGCAAAGGCAUACUGUAUCCUCGCGCAGGCACCCUUGGUGGCUGCGUUUCCCAUAAUGCCCUGAUCUGGAUUACACCUCAUGCUUCCGACUGGGACAAUAUUGCGUCCAUUACUGGUGAUUCAUCAUGGUCCAGCUCGAAUAUGCAAAAGUACUUGGACAAGGUAUAUGAAUGGCAACCUACUGGACCAACGGACCCGGCAAUCUUACUGAAAGAUCUUCAACUCGUGCAGCAUUUGGCUGGCGGGGCGGCAGUCAUGGGCUUUGGUCCGGAUCCUCUUGCUGCAGUGUCCGGUCUUGCAGGCACGCUCUUGGUAGACCCCAAUGGUGCCUCUGGCCGUGACUCACGAGAAGGCUUUUACCAGAUUCCUCUGAUCCAAGAAAAUGGGAAAAGAGUCAGCGUCCGAGACAGAAUCGUGGAUACUGUCGAUGGAGGCUUCCCUUUGACUGUACGCACUAACACGCAUGUCACGCGGAUCGUGUUUGAUACCACUGGUGCCACUCCUCGAGCAACCGGCGUGGAGUUUCUGGAGGGCAAGCAUUUAUACCGCGCCAGUCCUCUCAGUGGUGCGAGUGGAACUCCAGGGUCUGCCCGGGCCAGGAAGGAAGUCAUCAUGGCUGGCGGAUCGUACAACUCUGUCCAGACUCUGAAGCUCUCUGGUGUGGGACCAGCUGCAGAAUUGAAGCGCUUCGGUAUCAGCAUGGUGAAGGACGUACCCGGACUGGGCAAGAACAUGCAAGACCGGUACGAGGUUCCCGUCAAUGCGAAACAUCCCAAUAACUUCCCCAUCCUGGAUGGCUGUACCUUUGAUGCCAAGCCUCAGGAUGAAUGUUACAGCCGGUGGCAGAAGAAUCCUUCUGUCCUGGGUCUUCGUGGUGCCUAUGCCAGCAACGGAUUGGCAGCGGCCAUGGCCGUCAAUUCCGACACGGCAGACAAUAGUGACAUUGACUUGUUCAUCUUUGGCGGCCCGAUCAACUUCACCGGAUACUUCCCACGCUGGGGUGAUGCUGCCGUUGCCAGUCACCAGGUCUUUUCGUGGUAUACACUCAAAGCCCACACCAGGAAUCAUGCUGGGACUGUGGAACUUCGCUCGACAGACCCCCUCGACACGCCCCUCAUCAACUUCAAUUACUUCGACACAGGCACCACCGAGAACGAGGCCGAUAGCAAAGACGUCGCAGCACUCGUCCAAGCAAUCAAGAUGUCGCGAGAGGCCAACACUCGCUACAGCAAUUACGGUAUCUUGCAGGGCACCAACUUCACAGAGGAGCGUCCUGGGCCGGGUGUGACGACGGAUGAUGAAUUAGCACAAUUCGUCAAAGAUGAGGCCUGGGGCCACCACGCAUGCUGUACAGCCCCUAUUGGUGCAGAUAGUGAUAGUCAGGCGGUGCUGGACUCGAAAUUCCGCGUGCGUGGAAUCGAUGGACUUCGUAUUGUCGACGCAUCGGUGUUUCCCAAAAUUCCGGGUAUAUUCAUCCAGGCACCGAUAUUCAUGAUUAGCGAAAAGGCCGCAGAUGUGAUACUGAACGGAUGAUGUGAGGCAGUAGGAGCCUAGGAGGUAAGGUAGUAGAGAGUUAAGGGUAUAAAGCAUCCGUACGUGAAACACACGUAUCCCUUUGACAACAUGACUCGGUUCACG